CCCCGCCUCUCUGAAGUCAGGAAGCCGGUUUGCUGUCCCAGCGGGACAGGGGAAGAGAGGCAGGGAGAAAUUCCACCUUGCGGGGGCCCAAGUCCUUCUUCCUUGCGCCCGCUCGUCGCUCCGCAAUUUGAGCGAAGAUGGUGGGCCUGACAGCCUCAGACGUGCCCCCGACCAUGGCGGUCAAGAUCGUCUCUGCUGGCGUGGCGGCCUGUGUGGCGGAUGUGAUCACCUUCCCGCUGGACACGGCCAAAGUCCGGCUACAGAUCCAAGGCGAAUGCCAGACCUCCAGCACCAUUAAGUACAGAGGUGUCCUGGGAACAAUCACCACUCUGGCAAAAACAGAAGGGCCGAUGAAACUCUAUAGUGGGCUGCCUGCUGGCCUCCAGAGACAAAUAAGCUUUGCCUCUCUUAGGAUCGGCCUCUAUGACACCGUCCAGGAGUUCUUCAGCGCAGGGAAAGAAACAACAGCUGGUUUAGGAAGCAAGAUCUCAGCUGGUCUAACGACUGGAGGAGUAGCAGUAUUCAUAGGGCAACCCACAGAGGUCGUGAAGGUCAGACUUCAAGCACAGAGCCAUCUGCAUGGUCUCAAACCCCGAUACACCGGGACUUACAACGCUUACAGAAUUAUAGCAACAACGGAAGGCCUGACAGGCCUUUGGAAAGGGACUACUCCCAAUCUGACGAGAAAUGUCAUCAUCAAUUGUACAGAGAUAGUUACAUAUGAUCUAAUGAAGGAGGCCCUCGUGAAAAACAAACUACUAGCAGAUGACCUACCCUGCCACUUUGUGUCAGCUCUCAUCGCCGGAUUUUGCACAACUGUUCUGUCCUCUCCAGUGGAUGUGGUAAAAACCAGAUUUGUUAAUUCUCCACCAGGACAGUACACAAGUGUGCCCAACUGUGCAAUUACAAUGCUCACUAAAGAAGGACCACUGGCUUUUUUCAAAGGAUUUGUACCUUCCUUCUUGCGACUCGGAUCCUGGAACGUCAUUAUGUUUGUGUGCUUUGAACAGCUGAAGCGGGAACUGAUGAAGUCAAGGCAGACCAUGGACUGUGCCACAUAAUCGUCUUCAGGAAAAGGAUGUAACACAAUGGUGGGAAUCUGUGCUGACUGACCAGAUAAUUAAAAUCCAAAACAAACAGAACAUACUCAUUUCACCCUAAAAAGAUAGAGGAAUACUAAUUGAGUUUUGGACUUUUUAAAGAAAAAAUUGUAUUUAUUUCUUGUGACUUUUAUUCUCAGUGUUUUAAGAGGGAG